AUGCUAGCAUUUUUCACGGAUAAUCUGGAACAGAAAUGGAUGAAUAUCGCAGUUAUAGUGGCUGGGUUGCAUGGUAUUGGAGAGAGUUUAUCAGUGUUGAUGGUUCAUAGUUCAUAUCGGAAUGCAGUCUGGAGGUUGAUCCCUGGAUGCAGUGCUGAGAGAGAUCUUGUUUUUGGGAGAAGGAAAAGUUCAAAGCAGAUUAUUAUGCAGAAGUUGUCGGAUUAA